UGUUGUCGAGGUCUUCUUCGUUAAGCCCUCCACAAAAUAUCCUCAUCAUCAUACUUCAUCUGCGACUCCUAGGCUAAAUCGACACAGACAAGCCUUGACCCCAGGCUUGGGACGUGUUUCAGUCAUGCCUCCCCCACGUGUUGACGAUGAGGCUCCGCCAACAGACCUCACCAACGACCACCCCCGCAUGGGAGGCACCAACACCAGCCGCAGCAGCAGUAACAAUGAGCCCAUUACUGAUGAGAAGGUCAUGCAUCAGGGCGGGCCUGGCGGUCCGGACCGGCGCCGCCGCAGCUCAGUCGCCGCUCUGCUUCAGAACCCACUCGCAGGCUUGACCCAGGACCAGGUUCUCGCCGACGUCGACAACUUUACUCAGAGUAAGGGUUUGACGGAGUACCAAGAAGUCUUCCGCAAGGGCGCUCUCGUUGCUCAGGUCAACAACCAGGAUGGCGCCUUCGAGCGCAUUGACGCACUCGACGAGGACGAGAAGAAUGUCUUGCGUAGGGAGCUGACCCACCGCUGGAGUCAGCCCUUUAUGCUGUACUUCCUCUGCACUCUCUGCGCCGGAUCCGCCAUUGUUCAGGGCAUGGACCAGUCAGCCGUCAACGGCGCUCAGGACUUUUACUUCCAGGAGCUCGGCCUGGCAGACAUGUCAGCAGAGAUUCGGGGACUUCUGUGGCUGUCCGUCAUUACCGGUUUCUGGCAAGCCGCUGCCAACAACUGGUACAACCUUCUCAUCGCCCGCUUCUUCCUUGGUUUCGCCGUCGGCGCCAAGUCUUCCACCACCCCUGUCUACUCGGCCGAGUCCACACCCAAGACCAUUCGUGGUGCCCUCACCAUGAUGUGGCAGAUGUGGACGGCGUUCGGCAUCGCCCUCGGCACCAUUGUCGGCGUCGCCUUCUCUGGAGUGACAAUCUUCGGCGAGGAGACUCAAUGGCGUUGGAUCAUGGCCUCCACCUCCAUCCCUCCCCUCGUUGUCAUGGUCCAGGUCUACCUGUGCCCCGAGUCUCCCCGCUGGUACAUGGAGAAGGGACGCUAUGCCAAGGCCUUCGAGGCAACCUGCCGUCUUCGAUACACCAAGGUCCAGGCUGCCCGCGACAUGUACUACGCCUACAAGCUGCUCGAGAUCGAGAGCGCCGAGCGCGAGGGUCGAAACUGGAAGGAAUUCUUCACAGUGCGAAGAAACCGCCGCGCCGCACAGUCCUCGUGGUUUGUCAUGUUUAUGCAACAAUUCGUCGGUGUCAAUGUCAUCGUAUAUUACUCCAUGGAAAUGUUCCAGAAUGCCGACUUCACGCGGGACGAGGCUCUUCUCGUCACUAUGGGCACCGGUCUUGUCAACUGGUUGUUUGCUAUUCCGGCCAUUUACACAAUUGACACGUUUGGACGCCGCAACCUUCUGUUGGUCACCUUUCCGUUGAUGUCGUUCUUCAUGUUCUUCACAGGCUUUAGUUUCCUCAUUACCGAGCAAGCUGCGCGUCUGGCCUGCGUGACGACGGGUAUCUAUCUCUUCAUGGCUGUGUACUCGCCCGGCGCCGGUCCGGUUCCGUUCACGUACUCGGCCGAGGCAUUCCCGCUUCACAUUCGCGAUAUCGGCAUGUGCAGUGCCACGGCCGUCACCUGGGGCUUCAACUUCAUCAUCUCCUUCUCGUGGCUUCCCAUGGUCGAGGCGUACGGUGACACGGGCGCCUUCUGCUGGUAUGGCACAUGGAACCUCAUCGGCUGGGUCUUUGCCUACUUCUUCUUGCCUGAGACGAAGAACCUCACUCUUGAGGAGCUCGACAACGUGUUCAAUGUCACGAAUCGGGAACAUGCCGGGUACUACCUGAAGAAAUUACCAUGGUACAUCAAGAAGCAUCUGCUCUUCCAGGACGUCGAGCCCAUGCCCCCGUUGUACGCUUUUGACCAAUCGUCGCCACACGACAAGAAGCACGACCUGGCAGCCGCCGAAGCUUCGCACAAUGAAGGCGUUGUGCGCUAAGCGGUUCAAUGGAACAACAUGGCGGUGGAGAGUUCGCAUUUCAUUGGUGCGCAUGAUUUUUUUGUACUGAUAUUGCUUGUCUCGAUAUGACGAGGCGAAUAUACCGAUGGGGACGAACUUCUUCAUAUUCGAUAUCUCAAAGUUGAUGUUAAUUAGAAUGAAGUCUCGAAAUCGCAUAUGCAUGUAUGU